AACUGAUGUUUGUCAGUGUGAGUGUGUAACUGUGUGUCUGCAGACAUGUUUUCGUCUUUUGUCUUCCUCCUGUCGUUUGUCUGUCUUUUGUGAUGAUUAUUCAAGUGUUUGAAGAGUGCAGUGUGAGGACAGAGCUUCAGACUCUGUAAUAAAAACCUGAAGGAGAAAAAAGAUUCCAUGUUCCUGUAAUCAGCUCUAGAGCAGGUGAAGUGUUUGACCGGCAGGUGGCGCCACACUGACAGGAAUGAGCAGCCUGAGCUCCACAGCAUGGACCCACAGAGACCCCCACCCUCAGCAGCGCCACGGUCUGACAGCCGCGUCCGCCCCCGGAGGAAGAGGAGGAGUCCCGGUGCUGAAUGUGCGGAUUAUUCAGGUGAAGCUGCUGCAGAGGAACAAGCUGCUCAGUUUGGCUCGUUUUCCAGGAGUCGCAGAGGAAACCUUCAGAGGAGGAGACCUUCAGACCUUCAGAGACCAUCAGAGCUGAGGAUGAGUGACGUCCAGUUGGCUUCAGCUUCCACCGUCUCCAAGGUUACAGGCUUAUCACAAGGAUGCAGUUCCCACGGCAACGAGCCUCCAGCUUUCAUCCUUCCUCCUCGUAAUGCCUGGGUCACUCUGGGGGGAGAUGCUCGACUGGAGGGCAAGGUGUGCGGUCAUCCUGAGCCUCAGGUCACAUGGUACAGAGAGGGAAGAGCUGUGGUUGGUGGAGAGCGCUUUGUUGUGGCGCGGGGAGGGCGGGGCAACUUCAGCCUGUUGGUGAGCGGCAUUGCGCAGGAGGACCUGGGCCGUUACACCUGUCAGGCAACCAAUCAGGCGGGGAGCCGUCAGGUUACCGUGGAGAUCCUUCUGGAAGAGAAUUCUGGGAAGAAGUACGUGGUGCCGUCCUCCAUGAAAACAGGGUGCCGCUCUGCAGCUCCUGCUCUGGAGAACAGGCCGAGUAUUUGGAGCGAGAGUCCCCCGAAGUUCAUCAACAAACCGAGCCGAGUGUUCGCCGAGCCGGGACGGACCGCCAAGUUCUCCGUCAAAACCACAGGACGCCCGCAGCCCCGGGUCACAUGGUCCAAGGGGGAGGCGGAGCUUCAGUCUGGUGGGCGGGUCAGCGUGUUCGAGCGCUCUGGCCUUCACUUCCUGGAGAUAAAGGAAGUGUGUGUUGAGGACGCAGGAAGUUACACGUGUUCGAUUAGCAACAGCGCCGGAAUGGCGACCGCCAGCGCCGAGCUCACCGUCCAGGGUGUUCCUGAAGACUCCUCCAGGACCGUCGGGCCCUCUGAGGACCCACAGACCAGAACCAGGAGCCCGAAGGAGGAUCGAGGAGCUCCCAGUGCUCCCAGCUCCCAGCCAGAGCCGUCCAGACCCAGAGAGAAGCAGCAGCAGCUCAGACAGGCCAGGAGCAAACCUCCUGUACUCCCUCUGCUGGCCGAAAGGAGAACUGCAGCUGCUCAGGUCAACAGCAGCAGGUCAGAACCUGAUCAUGUCGCACAGUUUCAGGUGUGUUCAGGAUCACCUGUGUGUUUCAGGGCUGUGAUUAAGUCCACGACGGGGUCCAACCUGCGGUUCGAGGCCAUUCCUCUGGACCAGGAGGCCACAGAGGGAGCACAGGUCACAUUCACCUGCCAAGUCCCCUCCUCUGCUGCCGGCGCCGCGCUCACCUGGCUGAGGGACGGGGACCCGGUGAGGACGGGGCCGGGUCUGCGGCAGAGACGGGACGGCACCCGCCUGAGCCUCACCGUGGAGAGAGUGAGACGGGCGGACCGCGGGACGUACAGGUGUCAGCUGACCACUGCUGACGGGCUGACGGUGGAGUCUGCAGCGUGGACGCUCCGAGUCCACAGUGCAUCUCGGCCUCCGGCCUUCAUCAGCCUGCUGCAGGGCUGCAGCGUCUCCGAGGGUCAGACCAUCAGCCUGCAGGCCUGCGUGGAGGGAAAACCUGCUCCAAAUAUCCGCUGGCUGCUUCACGAGUAUCCUGUUCCUGCUGCAGCUCAGUCCUCAUAUGUGGGGGGCGUGGCCACGCUGAUCAUUCUGAACGCUUCACAGCAGGACGACGGCGUGUACGUGUGUGUGGCAGAAAACAGCCACGGCCGAGCGGAGAGCAGCGCCCGAGUCCAGGUCAAAGGCAGACAGAGAGGCAGGAGGUCAGAGGUCACAGAGGUCAGAGCUGUGUGUGAGGCUCCUCGCUUCAUAAGUCGCCUGAGCGACCUGAAGGUGAUGGACGGCAGCAGAGUCGCCAUGACGGUGGAGCUGAGCGGUCACCCUCCCCCGGAGGUGGUGUGGCUCCACGAUGGGCAGGAGGUGACCGAGUCAGAGGACUUCCAGCUCCUCCGAGAGGGGAACCGCUGCACUCUGCUGAUCCACGAGGUGUUCCCCGAGGACACCGGGACCUACAGCUGCCAGGCCUGGAACCAGCACGGAGAAGACCAGACCCGGGCCCGGCUCACUGUGGAGGAGCCUCAGGAUGGCGUCCAGCCCUGGUUCAUCACCAAACCCAAAGAGGUGAGCGCCGCAGUCGGUCAACACGUUCUCCUGUCUUGCGCCAUCGCCGGAGAUCCGUUUCCCCAGUACACCUGGACCAGAGCCGACCUGAGCCGACCUCUGACCUCUGGGGGUGACUAUGAAGUGCUGCAGAAAGAGGACGUCAUCUCGCUGCUCAUAAGACGAGUCAGGACGGAUCACGCCGGAGACUACCUGAUCACCCUGAGGAACAGUGUGGGCGAGUGCAGCGCUGUGGCCACACUGUGUGUCACCGAGGAAGCAGCAGACGGGAGAGGACGAGCCGACGGCAGCCCGACGGCAGCAGGAGGAGGACGAGGAGGAGCAGCUGGUGGGAGUGCGGUUCUGAGAGGAGGUGCCAGAGGAGGAGGCGUGGAGCAGGGAAGCAGCAGCAGCAACAGUGGUGUCAGUCGGCAGUGGCAGGAGGCCAGCGAGGAGCAGAAGGAGAACCGGCAGCUCCUGCACCUGCACAAGGAGGAGAAGAAGAAGAAAGAGGAGGACCAGGCCACCGCUCCCAGAGGCCUCCUCAGGCGGUGCGUGGAAACCAGGGAGCGUGGUGAAGAGGAGCUGCGGCAGAGGGAGGCGCAGCAACUGGACUUUCGCUCGCUGCUUGGACACCGAGCUGUUCAAGGCAAAAACAACCAGGAGGGAGACGAGCCGAGGGAGGCCGGCCCCGACACCGCCACCCCUGAGCACCACCAACGCCACCACAUGGAUUUUAAGGCCAACCUCAAGGGUGUCAAACCCAAGGCGGAGGAGAAGGCGAACUCCCCGCAGCAGGUCGACUUCCGCAGCGUGUUGGGGAAGAAGGGCGCCGCCGGCAGCAAGGCUGCAGAGACGCCCACAAAGAACGCCGGCGACUUUCGCUCUGUUCUCGCCAACAAGAAGAAGCCGACGAGCCCGGAGAAGAACGGGGAGAAGGUGGAGGUGAACAACUGCGUGGAUGGAGGGAUUAAUGAGAAGAAGAGCACCGGAGGAGGUGGAGGCCCGGCGCCAGAGUUUGUGGAGCAGCUGAGCGACGUGACGGUGCUGGACGGCCAGCUGCUCCGGCUGCAGUGUCGCCUCGCCCCCUCCGCCGCUUCUGAUGUCACCAUCACCUGGACGCUGGACGGGAAGGUCAUCAAGCCGUCCAAGUUCAUCGUACUCGCCAACGAAGGCGGCCUGUGCUCUCUGACCAUAGACAAAGCUCUGCCGGAGGACGAAGGCCAGUAUAAAUGCAGAGCGGAGAACUCUGCAGGCAGAGCCGAGUGUUCCUGUACGGUUCUAGUAGACGACCCGGCUAAAAACUCUCCGGCUGACAAGAAGUCCAAGAAGGCAACUCCGACCUCAGAGAGUGAAGCCCGAAUAAAGAAGCCCACUCCAAAGACUCCGCCCAAACAAGCUCUUCCUCCUCAGAUACUGCAGUUCCCAGAGGACAUGAAGAUCCUGGCGGGGGAGAAGGUGGAGAUCCUCUGCAAAUUCUCGGGAGCGCCACCCAUCACCUGCACCUGGCUGAAGUUCAGGAAACCGAUCCAGGAGGGUUCAGGUGACAUCUCCAUCGAGAGCAGCGACAGCAGCAGCAGACUGACCAUCAGCAGCGGGCAGCAGGAACACUGCGGCUGCUACACCAUCGAGCUGAAGAACAGCUAUGGCCUCCGACAGGCCGCCCUCAACCUCACCAUCGUCGAUAAACCCGACCCCCCAGCAAAGGUUCCCGCAGCCUCAGACAUCCGGCGGUCCAGCCUGACACUGUCGUGGUACGGGCCAACCUACGAUGGUGGCAGCGCCGUGCAGUCCUACAACCUGGAGAUCUGGGACUCUGUGGAGCAGCAGUGGAAACACCUGGUGUCCUGCAACAGCACCUCCUACAACGUACAGAACCUUCUCCCAGAGCGGCAGUACAAGUUUCGUGUCCGGGCAGAGAACAUCUAUGGAGUCGGAGAACCAAGUGCCGAGUCCGAGCCCGUGACUGUGGGACUGGUGGAGGAUGAUGCAAACCAAGAGGAGGUAGAGGAGGAUGAUGAAGACUCAGAGAAAGAGCCAGACUACAGAGAUGUGACAAUCAGAGCAGAUGUGAAGGUGAAGGACCUGUAUGAUGUGGAGGAGAGGCUGGGAACGGGGAAGUUUGGUCAGGUCUUCAAGCUGGUGGAGAAGUCCACAAAGAAGGUUUGGGCCGGAAAGUUCAUCAAAGCGUACUCUGCAAAGGAGAAGGAGAACGUCCGGCAGGAGAUCGGCAUCAUGAACAGCCUCCAUCACCCCAAACUGGUCCAGUGUGUCGACGCAUUCGAGGGAAAGUCUGACAUCGUCAUGGUGCUCGAGAUGAUCUCAGGCGGGGAGUUGUUUGAGCGAAUCAUCGAUGAAGACUUUGAGCUGACGGAGAGAGAGGUGAUCAAAUAUAUGCUGCAGAUUAUCGAUGGGGUCAACUUCAUCCACAAACAGGGCAUCGUGCACCUCGACCUCAAGCCAGAAAACAUCAUGUGCGUCAAUAAGACCGGCAGCAAAAUCAAACUCAUCGACUUCGGCCUCGCUAGACGGCUAGAAAACGCAGGAACUCUGAAGGUUUUAUUUGGGACUCCAGAGUUUGUGGCUCCAGAAGUCAUCAACUACGAAGCCAUCAGUUACCCCACCGACAUGUGGAGUAUAGGAGUCAUCUGUUAUAUACUGCUGAGCGGUCUGUCUCCCUUUAUGGGCGAUAACGACAACGAAACUCUGUCCAAUGUGACCUCGGCCACCUGGGACUUCGAGGACGAAGCCUUCGAUGAAAUUUCUGACAAUGCCAAAGACUUCAUCACCAAGCUGCUGAAAAAAGACAUGAAAGCUCGGCUGACCUGCGCACAGUGUUUUGAACACCCCUGGCUGAAACAGGACACAAACACCAUGAAGGCCAAGAAGCUCUCCAAGGAGAGGAUGAAGAAGUACAUCCUGAGGAGGAAGUGGCAGAAAACAGGUCACGCUGUUCGAGCCAUUGGCAGACUGUCAUCCAUGGCCAUGAUGGCUGGAGUCAGCGCCAAGAAGGGCUCCCCCACUGAAGAGGAUAACCAGUUCCUGGAGUGUUUAGAGUACGAGCAGAAGACGGAGUGUAAGCCGAGCUUCAGCACUGUCAUCAAAGACGUGGAGGUGGUGGAGGGCAGCGCUGCCCGCUUUGACUGCAAGAUAGAGGGUUAUCCUGACCCUGAGGUGGUGUGGUACAAAGAUGACCAGCCCAUCAAAGAGACCCGACACUUCCAGAUCGACUACGACGAGGACGGAAACUGCAGUCUAGUCAUUUCAGAGGUGUCAGGAGAUGAUGAUGCCAAGUACACAGUGAAGGCUGUUAACAGUCUGGGGGAGGCGACCUGCACUGCUGAGCUGUUAGUGGAGGUGAUGGCUGGAGAGGAGGAGGAAGAGGAAGAAGAAGAGGAGGAAGAGUAAAGGAGAGACUGGACUCCCACAGGAAGAGGAGGAGGCGACAUUGGGCAAUAAUCUGUCUUCCUCAACCUAUCAGACCUGAGCAGGAAAAAUUACCCACAGAUAAUAAGUAGUGAUUGGAGGAGCAGGUGGGGAGAGUUUGCCACACCUGUCCUCACCUUCAGAAGCAGUUUUCCACUCUGAUUUAAGGGCUUUUAGCACUUGUGUUUGAAGCGCUGUGCUAGUGCAAAGCUGCAGCCAGGUUAGAAAAAUUUUUGUUGUAUGUUUCAUAAACUGAUCAGUGGUGAUCUUUAAAUUUUUGGAGCCUCCCAGGAUCAUAUUUAUUCCAAAAUCUGAAAAAAAGAAUGAAUAAGAUGUGAUUUAAUGUCCUGGUCUGAGCGUUAAAGAUAUUUAAUGAUGAAUAACCAGCGUGUAUUACUUAUGUCAGAUUACAUAUUUUCCUGGGGCUAAAGUCAGGAUGUUAAAUCUGUGUGGAUGUGACUUAUUGAUCCAUUUGGGGAAAAAUCUGCACCAUAAUAAUACUUUUUAUUAAACACUCACAAUGUUGAUGUUUUACACCCAAAAGUCUUUAAUCUUUUUCAAACUGCCCCCUUCAGCCUUGCACCAUACACUGGGUUAAAGCCACCUUCAAACCUGCUGAACAGAAGCUCCGCCCCCUCAGCUUACCUACUUUGCAUACGUAGGUUUCAACUUUAAUUCAUUGGUCAUUCUAGAAGAAACAAAACUGCUGCGAUUUUCUGCCCAGUUUUCAAAAUUAUUUAAACUCACUGCUGGAUUUUUUUUUUUAACCACUAAUUGUGCUGUUGAACACACACACACACACACACACACACACACACACACACACACACACACACACACACACACACACAGAUUUAUGAUGG